AUUUGUAAGAUGGAACGUAAUGGGAGGGCUGCUUGCAGCUUGCCCGCUAAGCUGCUUUAUUAAAGGUUAGUUAUUUUAAUUUGUGAAAUUGAAUUGAAUAAAUACAGUGUAAGGAUAUGCGGAUGAAGUUCAAUUAUAUUAAAAAUUAUGAGUUUAUAUUAAUUUUAAUUAAAGCUUAAACUCGGGAUUCUAAUAAAAAUAUUCACAAUCCUUUUUAUAAAAUAAUUUUAAUAUUCAACCCGUCGCAUAAAAUGAGCGCGUGCAGAUUCUUAGCAAAACAUUCUUCAAGAAGUUGAUGAAGCAGAAACCGAAUCCCCUUCUUAUUGAAGUAGCUUAUUUAGGCGUUCUGCGAUUUUCUUGUAUAUAUAUGUGCUCCCUCUUUGGUCUGUUUCUAUAUGUGCAGAGUGCAGAGACAAGCCACCGAUAACCAACACUGAUUUUGAAUUCUCAGGCAUUCUGCUCACAGAGGAUUACCGUGAAUUCAAUGGCUUACAUUCCUCCACAUAAGCGGCAUUCAAAGGACAAAGGAAGGCCAUCACCAACUCCAGAGUUGUUUGUUCCUCUCUUCAAGAGAAAUGUUGGUUUGAGAUCACAGGAUUCUAAGAUAGACAUGAGUGGAAAGAUUGUGUAUGCAGAUCGUGCCAUAUCUAGAUGGUUUGUGGUUGGUUUGAGUCAAAAUGAUCAGUUUCCUUCUUACAUUCGUCUUGAGCCAGUUUCCUUGGAAUCUUUUGAGCGCAGAUUAGGGGAAAAACCCCUUACCUUCGUGAACAGUCUUGUGACUGGAGAGAAUAAUGAGCUGAAAGAGAAUUAUGUGAGAAGUCCAUGGGUAACAAUAGCAGAAAAUGUACAGCCAGAUCUACUCUCCUCUUUCAAGAAUUUGAAGAAUGAAAUGGACUCCCAAGGGUUGGAAAAAGUAAAGCCAACAUUGGUUGCUAGAUUUGGUAAAAUUCUUUUUCAUGGGAGCCCCUCAGUAAGGCUAGGAAGUGUUGAAAGAAAUCAGGUUGAUGAAACCAUUUUGAGACAGUUGAAAAGAUCAAUUUACACAAAUAUUCCUUCUUCAUAUAUGGAAAACAUUAUAGAUGGAGUUGUCCCAAAAGUUGGAGUUGAUUUUGAAGAGGAAAAGGACAUCUACCAUAUAAAGUUGUCUGAUAAUACACGACCAGAUUCGACUGUUUCAUGCAAAUGCAGUGUAAAGGCAGAUAAAAAACUUCUACUCUACAAGGUUGAACUAAACCCAGUGCGCCAGAUGGUCACAGAUGUAUUGUGCCUUGAAAAGAAUCUUGACCUGAGGCUAAUGCUAUUCACCAAGAGGAUCUUAAGUACUCCUACUGAUGAUGAGAUGAAAAGCAUAAGGGAUCUAGUUUCUUCUGCAGUUUUGGAUUCAGAUGCGAAGGGUGGGUUGAGAUGGCCUCUUGGGAAGACAUCUUUUGGAAAUAGAUACAGUGUGAUUGGGGCUUGGCAUACUGUAACUAAAGCCUUCAGAAGUCAAUCACUCAGGCUCAAAGUAAGACAUGCCGAUCGAUUUGAUUUGAGGACUGGAAAUGGAGAAGUUACAAGGGAAAUUUAUCUGAAGUUGAAAGGAAUAGUUUCAGAAUUGCAGGAACAAGGAGCAGAAAGUGAUUCAGUCUCCACCAUGCUCAAAGACAGCUUAAGAUUGAUAUGGGACAACUUCUUAAGCUGCGAUCGUUUCUUAACAUGAAGAUGUCAUCAAGCAUAUGCUACUGUCUCUCUCUCCCUCUGUGAAUGUUGUACUUCUUUUAAUGUCAUUUAAGAGUGAAGCUAGGUGUGCUUGAAAUGGGGAGGGAUUUUGAAGAAGAUGACGUUAUAAAACUGUGGUUUGCUUUGGUUUCUUUGACUGCAUUGUGUAAUAUAAAAAUUUUACUAUUUGGUAUUUCUAGUUUUAAGUGUUUGGACCUUUAAUCACAUUUUAAUUAAUUGCUAAUUGUCUAUUAUUAA